AUGAGUCUCAUCGAUAACCCGAUUGCCGGUCCAUCCCACCAACGAGCAGCCACUACCACCACCACUACCACCACCACCACUACUAAUACCUCAAAAACCCGCCAACGCCAACACAGCUCGACCUUAGAAUCUCCCCUCCAUCUGCUAGACGACCCCUUCAACCCCUCCCGACUCUCAUCAAUCAUCAAACCCACUCGCCCUCGGCCUGCUAAUCGAAGCCCAUCUAGUCCUAGCAAGAAACGACACUACGGCGACCGCUUUAUUCCCACCCGCGGUGAUGGAAUCGACCUCUCGACUAGCUUUCAAUUGAUGCCCGAUGGCCCGUCUACCCCUACCAGAGCCGGCAAUGGAUCCAAGAAGACCGUCGUAGCCGCAGUAACCGAUUUAGAGAAAGAUGAAGCUCGUCGGACAUUUACGAACCUAUUGAAGGCGGAGACCUUUGGCAGUGACCCAUCGGAGAUGCCCCAUUUCAUCCACCAUUCAUCGCCCACCCAUUCCAGACAAGCCUCGACAGUCCCAAACUCCUCCCCAGGGACCCCACGCCGGUCGACGGCGACGAAGCUGUUCAACUAUUCCUCGCCGAGUCGGAAGGAGAGCGCCAACGUUCUCGAUUCGCCCACUCAUCCACGAUACAGCACCACGCCGAUCAAGCAGGAGAGCCAACGCUUGUUGCUCUCGCCCCGCAAGCCGACCAGAGCGUUGAGCAAGGUGCCCUUCAAGGUGCUCGAUGCCCCCGACCUUGCCGACGACUAUUACCUCAACCUGGUCGACUGGAGCUCCACCAACGUCUUGGCCGUCGGCUUGGGCUCGCAAGUCUAUCUCUGGUCGGCAGCAACGAGUGCGGUGACCCGACUGGUCGACGUUGCCGUCCCGGGCUCCUCCGACCACACCACCUCGCUCUCCUGGAUCGGCAAGGGGAACAUCCUGGCCAUCGGCACAGAUUCGGGCAAGACCCAUAUCUGGGACACCCAGGUGGGGAAACGAAUCCGGACGAUGGAGGGGCACGAGAGUCGGAUCGGAUGCAUGGACUGGAACGAGUACAUCCUCUCCACCGGCUCCCGCGACCGCUCGAUCGUCCAUCGUGACGUCCGCGCCGCCGACCAUUGGCUCUCCCGCAUCAACGUCCAUAAGCAGGAGGUCUGCGGCCUCAAAUGGAACGUCAACACCAACCAACUCGCCUCGGGUGGGAACGACAAUCGACUGCUGAUCUGGGAGUCCAAAGCGUCUAACGCGCUCCCUCUGUUCCGCUUCAACGAACACACCGCAGCCAUCAAGGCGCUCGCUUGGAGUCCCCAUCAAAACGGACUGCUCGCCUCGGGUGGUGGCUCCGCCGAUAAGAGGAUCCGCUUCUGGAAUACUAUCAAUGGAACCCUGUUGAACGAAAUCGACACCGGCUCCCAAGUCUGCUCCUUGAAAUGGUCCAAAAACUCCAACGAAUUGGUCUCCACUCAUGGCUUCUCUCCAGGUCCUAUCCAGAAUCAGGUCUGUUUAUGGAAGUAUCCUAGCAUGCAACAGAUUGCUACGUUGAGUGGACAUACCUAUCGAGUGUUGUAUCUAGCGAUGUCGCCAGAUGGGGAAACCAUUGUGACAGGAGCGGGAGACGAGACCCUGCGAUUCUGGCGAGCGUUCCCGAAGAAAAAGAGCUCCUCCUCCUCUGCCUCUCCCUCGACGACGACGACGACGACGGGCACGACUUCUGGCUCGUCGACGAUGGGCUUCGAGAGUAACGGGAACAACAACACCCUUCUGGCUGGCCGGGGCUCGCCGAUCGUCAACCAUUUCGGAGCAGCCAACGCUAACCCCUCGCUCUCCCCCUCGCCUAUCUUCAACCCCGGAAUCCACCAUCCCCCCGGUAACUUCUUGAACUUGUUCGCUCAGAUCCGCUGA